AUGACUGAGGAUUACGAGGUAUACAAAGAGGGCAGCCUACUUCGUGGGCGUUAUAAGAAAUUGGACGACAUUAGCGAAGGUUCAUAUGGCUACGUGUCCCUCGCAAACGACACUCAGACCAAGAAACUAGUAGCAGUCAAGUACAUCUUCAAAAGCGACAGCAAAUCCAAUGACAGCUCGAACCACGGAUCUUUGCACUCACGGCGUUCCUCGUCGGGUCAGAAACACGAAGAGCUUCAAAAGCAUCAAAAGUCAUUGAUCUCUGAUAAAGUUCGUUCCAGGUUGUCGAAGAACAUCUGCUUCGAGGCGCUUUACGAAGUCGAAAUUCAUACAAAGGUCGGGAAGCACAAAAAUAUCACCGAGCUUUAUGACUACUUCGACUCAUUCAUAAUCAUGGAAUACUGUUCCGGCGGUGACAUGUACGAAGCGAUUAGAGCCGAUUUAGUCCCCAAGAAAACAAGACUUAUCACACAUAUCGCAUCGCAACUAAUGGAGGCCAUAGAAUUCGUACAUGCAAAGGGUAUAUACCACAGAGAUGUCAAGCCGGAAAACAUUUUGAUUGCAGGAUCCGAUUGGACUAUCAAGCUUACGGACUGGGGACUAGCUACCAAGGAGAAAACCUCUAUGGACAGAAGCGUGGGAAGCGAAAGGUACAUGUCUCCUGAGUUGUUCGAAGAAAAUCUUGAUCGCGAUGAGCGGUCUGAACCUUACGAUUGUAGUAAGGUCGACUUAUGGGCUAUUGGGAUUGUUUUACUUAAUGUGGUAUUCCACAAAAAUCCUUUUAGCGUGGCUAACCAGAGCGAUAAGUCGUUUUGCUAUUUUGCUGCCAAUAGAGAGGCGCUCUUUGACAUCUUUUCAACAAUGUCCUUUGAUUUUUUUCAAGUUUUAAGACAUAGUUUGACAAUGGAUCCUUCAAAUCGAGAUCUAGCAAGCAUGAAACGGGAGCUUGCACAAUUGGGUGAGUAUACUUUAGAUGACGAGUACUAUAACUCUUUGACGGAGGACGGGUAUUCGUCAUCUAAGACUAUUGAAGAUAGCGCAACCCCGAUGUCGACUUCUACAACCCCUACUGUUCCAGAUGAGAUUACUGUAGGUAAAGUUCCUCAAAUCUCUGUCGAGGAGAUUACACCCGCUGCUUCUAUUAAACAUGAGUCUAAAGAAAAGGAUCCUGUACCUCGGUUUAGGUUUAGAAAGCGCAGCCAUCCUCAGCGUGACGAAGCCAAUCAUAAAAACAUCGUGCCUAUCAAGAUCGACGAUUCUAAGAUUCUGAAGAAUAGCCGGAAACCUUUAGCUAUUCCUACUCCCAAUACGCAUAUCAACAAUUUCUUUCAUGAUUAUCACGAGAAAGAACAGGAGAGUUUUAACACGAGAGACUUUUUCACUCCACCUAGUGUACACAACAGGUACAUGGAGGGAAUUUUUAACAACAAGUCUAAUAAACACCGUGGACACAGAAACAGAAGACCGAGUUCUAACGGGGCCCAAAGACUGACGCCUAAAGCCAAUGGAAACCACCUAUCGACAUCCUACGGACGGCGGGGUUCCAAUCCCUCUCAAAAUUCUCCGUCUGGUAAAUAUAUUCCACCUCAUUCGCGUCCUAGCUCCUUGCAUAAUGGAUCUCCCAAUAUUCCGACAAUUUGCUCUGUUCUGGAUGGGGUUUACGAUAGCCCGACGACACUAACUGCGAACACCUACCAUGAACAGCAUGCGAUCGCCAGCGACAACAACGAAAACGAUUUAGAUGAUGUCUUGUUUACCUUAGAGGAAAACGAUAUUGACAGCUUUACAAAUGACGUGGAUGGCUUGUCCAUAAACGACGAAACAUUAAAGAAGUCGCCAAAUACCGUUGGUGUUAUCAACGAUUCAGUAAGGACUGGAGAUCUGCCCGAAUUACUCAAAUCACCUGUAUUAGAAAGCGCCAAGCUCAACGAUGUCGGUAGAACUUCAUUUCUUGAGCAAAUUCAGCAACAAGAGUUUGCUGCGGGCCCCGCAUUCAAGCCUAAACCAGGCGUUUAUAUCCCACCCCACCACAGGAAAAGCAUGAAUGCCGAUGGGGUUGGAAACCGACAGAUGUCACCUCAUGGGGUAGAAGCUACUCUAUCUGUUAAUCACAACUCUGUUAGUUAUGGAGGCUUCAACACAAGGCGCAAAAGCUCCAGUAUUUCGCGUGCGGGCGAACCAGCUGGGAACGGGAAACCUUUUUUGGCUCGCAAUCAUGGGCAGGCUACCACUGAGAUUCAAGACAAUGAUAUUUUCGCCGAUUCUAAUGCUUUGCUUUUUGAGGACGACGAGGUAGAUUCAUCACCUUUCGCACCUAGCAAUAGUUUUCAACCUACCAGCUACAACUCUUUCAAGAGCACAAGAACUGGUAGAAAAUCCAGCUCAAUUCAAGAUGAAUUGAUAGGAUCUCUUGAACAGUAUAAGAAUAACUGGCUGAUGUUACAACAACAGCAACAAGAUUAA